GUUGUUGUUGUUAAUUUUAUUUAUUUAUUCAGGAGAGACACACAGAGAGAGGCAGAGACACAGGCAGAGGGAGAAGCAGGCUCCACGCAGGGACUCGAUCCCGGGACCCAGAGAUCAGGCCCUGAGCCAAAGGCACGCUCAACCACUGAGCCACCCAGGGGCCCCGUUCCCAAUCCUUAAGGAGGGGAAGUGUGUCAGAAUCACCAGGGUAGUUGUUUCCCAAAUACACGUGGCUGCUGUCCCUGGAACUCUGACCUGCCUGGGAGAAAGGGGCGGGUGACAAGGCAUGUUUCAAAAAAAUUCCCCGGGAACAUGUUUGCCCCUUCCUCCUGUAGGACCAGCACUCUUCACUCCUUAGACAUUUCGGGACAUCUAGAGUCCGCCGGGAGCACCCAUGGGAGAACAGCCCCGAGGUCAGCGGCUGGCGCGUUACCAUGGAUACCCCGCGGUGGAUGGACACAGCAGGAACACAGCGGCGGUGUCACCCCAGAGCUGACCCCAGUCAGAGGGCGGAAGGCACUGCCCCACCUGCUCGGCCCCGCCCAGGCCUGGGGGCGGGCGGGCAGGCGGCUUCUCCAAUCACAGUUCCGGAAGGAGGAAGAUCGUGAAAGUCUUCUCCAAUCACAGCCCUUGACAAGAUUGAUGCGUCUUUCCGCCAAUCGUCGCCGAGGGGCGAGGGUGUUGUCGGGAUGCGGGCCGGAGCCAACAUGGAGCCCUCAAUGGGAUGAGGGUGAAGCUGCAGCGGUUGGCUGCUCCUGUACUCACGUUCCAUCAUGUUGGUGCAUUUAUUUCGGGUCGGGAUUCGGGGUGGCCCUGUCCCAGGCAGGUUGCUACCACCCCUCUGCUUCCAGACAUUCUCGGCCGUCAGGUCCUCCAACGGCCACCAUGCCUCCUACCUCCUCAGGGCUGUGGCCCAGCUGAGGUCCCAGCUCCGGGCCCACCUCCCUCAAGCACGCCCAGCCCCCAGCCAAAGACCCUGUGCCUGGCGCUGGCUUGGGGGCAUCCUUCUAGGCCCUGUGGUCUGGACUAAGUGCCCCCGCCUCGGCCUCGUGGCGUUGUGUGAGGCUGAGGAGGCCCCUCCUACCUACUCCAGACCUUAUGUUGGGGAGUCUCGCUUUAACUGGAAGCUCUUCUGGCAGUUUCUGCGGCCCCACCUGCUGGUUCUGGGGGUAGCCAUCGUGCUGGCGCUGGGUGCAGCACUGGUGAAUGUGCAGAUCCCCCUGCUUCUGGGCCAGCUGGUGGAGAUCGUGGCCAAGUACACGAGGGACCAUGUGGGUAGCUUCCUGACGGAGUCCCGGAACCUCAGCACCCACCUGCUCAUCCUCUAUGGUGUCCAGGGGCUGUUGACCUUCGGGUACCUGGUAUUGCUAUCCCGCAUUGGCGAGCGCAUGGCCGUGGACAUGCGGAGGGCCCUCUUCAGCAACCUGCUCCGGCAAGAUAUUGCGUUCUUUGAUGCUAAAAAGACAGGGCAGCUGGUGAGCCGGUUGACAACCGAUGUGCAGGAGUUUAAAUCAUCUUUCAAACUUGUCAUCUCCCAGGGGCUGCGGAGCUGCACCCAGGUGGCCGGCUGCCUGGUGUCCCUUUCCAUGCUGUCCACACGCCUCACGCUGCUGCUGAUGGUGGCCACACCAAUGCUCAUGGGAGUUGGCACCCUAAUGGGCUCAGCUCUCCGGAAAUUGUCUCGCCAGUGUCAGGAGCAGGUUGCCAGGGCAACAGGCGUAGCAGAUGAGGCACUGGGCAAUGUUCGCACAGUGCGGGCUUUCGCCAUGGAGCACCGAGAAGAGGAACGCUACGGAGCGGAGCUGGAGGAGUCCCGCUGUAAGGCAGAGGAGCUGGGCAGGGGCAUUGCCUUGUUCCAAGGGCUCUCCAACAUUGCCUUCAACUGCAUGGUCUUGGGCACCCUGUUCGUUGGGGGCUCCCUCGUGGCUGGACAGCAGCUGAGAGGGGGAGACCUCAUGUCCUUCCUGGUGGCCUCCCAGACGGUGCAGAGGUCCAUGGCCAACCUCUCCAUCCUGUUUGGCCAAGUGGUACGGGGGCUCAGCGCUGGGGCCCGGGUCUUCGAGUACAUGACUCUGAGCCCGUGUAUCCCUCUCUCUGGGGGCUGCCGCAUCCCCAGAGAGCACCUGCACGGGGCCAUCACGUUCCGCAACGUCUGCUUCAGUUACCCCUGCCGCCCUGGCUUCCAGGUGCUCAAGGACUUCUCCCUCACCCUGCCCCCUGGCAAGAUCGUGGCCCUUGUGGGCCAGUCCGGUGGAGGAAAGACCACUGUGGCUUCCCUGCUUGAGCGCUUCUAUGACCCCACGGCGGGUAUGGUGACACUGGAUGGACGGGACCUGCGUACCCUCGAUCCGUCCUGGCUCCGGGGCCAGGUCAUCGGCUUCAUCAGCCAGGAGCCAGUCCUGUUUGGAACAACAAUCAUGGAGAACAUCCGCUUUGGGAAGAUGGGUGCCUCGGAUGAAGAGGUUUAUGCAGCUGCCCGGGAAGCCAAUGCCCACGAGUUCAUCACCAGCUUCCCAGAGGGCUACAACACCGUAGUCGGUGAGCGUGGCGCAACCCUGUCUGGUGGCCAGAAGCAGCGCCUAGCCAUCGCCCGCGCCCUCAUCAAGCAGCCCACGGUGCUGAUCCUGGAUGAGGCGACCAGUGCGCUGGACUCAGAGUCAGAGCGGGUGGUGCAGGAGGCCCUGGAUCGUGCCAGCACAGGCCGCACUGUGCUUGUCAUCGCGCACCGGCUCAGCACCGUGCGUGGAGCCCACCACAUUGUCGUCAUGGCCCGCGGCCAAGUCUGUGAGGUGGGGACCCAUGAAGAGCUCCUGAAGAAGGGCGGGCUCUAUGCAGAGCUCAUCCGGAGACAGGCCCUGGAUACCCCAGCUCCUGAGAUGCCCAGAGGCCCCAGGAACCGCCCCCCCAAGUCCUGAGAGAGCUGUUGGAGCUCUGGUCAUGGCCGAGCAUCAGUGUCCAAGGCCGAGGCUCAGCUCAGGGGAGCUUCCAGGGACCAAAGCACCCAGGAUGACCAGUGUGCUGGGGUGCAGGCUACUGCUGCUCCCUUGCUCACAGUGAGACCUAGGCCUAGUGCUGAGCUCAGGGAGGUUGGGACUGCUCCCAUCCACUCCCCCCUCCUACUACCAGGCUGCCUCCCUCCUGCCAGAGUCAUGAAUCAUGGGGCUGCACAGCAAAGGAGGCUGAGUCCCCAGACCCCUGCUCUGUUCCCCCCAACCCCUCUCAGAAGCCCUGCCAAGUCUGCCCUCUGCCUGACAGCCUGAAGGUGUGCAGACCCAGCUCCAGGGCAUCUCUACAAAUCAGGAUCAGGGAGUGGGAACGGGAGUUUACAUAGGGUCCCCACACCCACGCCAGGACCUCACCUUCUGGACCCUGACCCCCCACUCUCCUCUGUCCCCACUGUCCCUGAGCCAGGGGAGAAGGAGCCCAGCCCAUGGACCAGCCCCUCGAGCCACAGUCUCCAUCCUGAGAACACCUUCCCUUCCUUCUCCCUGCUUCAUUAAUACAGGCACUUUUCUAGAUUUUGUCCCCACCCACCCCCUGCCCCCAGUCAACAGAACAAGGGGUUUGGGACAUCUGCCCCUGGCCCUUGGGAAAGGGGUCAGAGGGGCAGGGCAUGCCAUGGUCUAUUCCACAAGGAGCUUCAAGCUUACCAGGCUGUCUUAACCACUGCGCCGGGCUCAUAGCUGGACUCUGUGACCCCGUGAGAUUGUAGACUGCCCCUCUUCAUGAGGAUACCUCGCUCUAAAGGAGAUAAAGGAGGAGCUGACACACACUCCAAACUCCAGCCACAGGGGACCUAUGGUGCUAAGUCACCAGACUGCUAGGGAGAAGUUAAUACUUAGCUCCCAAGCUGACAAAAUAUAAAAUCAGUUGGAUUUAUCCUGUGGGUUUAUCCAAGGAUAACACCAUGCUUCUGGGGCAGCUACGAUGUGUAGGACAAGAAGAGUCGGCUGUGGCCAGAGGCCAGCCGGGAAGAAUAGAGUGGCUCAGGUGUGAGGAGCCAGGGCUGAGAGUCCCUGUGGCCUCUCGUGGGUGUGAUCUAGGACCACAUGCUACUUUGAGGACAAAGCACCUGAAAUGUCCCAGAGCCACAGCCCCCCUGGUGUGAUACCCUGCUUCCAUACUGAUCAGAGGUUGCAUGCCAGGGUAGCCAUAGCCCAGGAAGCAGAGCCACUCCCUAGUAAGUCCAGCCCAGAGCCAGCCUCAGGUCCCCAGCCAAGCUGGCACUGACCUCCAAGGGAGAGGCAGUGGAGGCGAGCUCCUGCCCUGCCCCCCCAGCUCCAGCCCCAGCGACCCAGACUUCAAAAUCAGGGCCUCCAAAUCCUGCCCCCCGCCCCAACUAGGAAAGCAGUGCAGUCUGUGGGAGCCCUGAGUGGAAAGGCCGUGUGGUCAGCCUCACAAUCACCAUGGAGCCUUGGCCUCCACCUCGCCUCCCACCACUAUUCACCAUGGGUCAUAAGAUUGGCAAUACUUCAUCCUGAGAACUUAAAGAGUUUAAAUGGGACCAUCUGCAGGGCAUCUGGGUGGCACAGUCAGUUGAGCAUCUGACUCUUGGUUUCGGCUCAGGUCGUGAUCUCAGGGUUCUGGAAUCAAGCCUCGUAUCGGGCUCCACACUCUGCAGAGUCCGCUUGAGAUCCUGUCUCUCUGCCCCUCCCACUUGUGCCCAUGUGUAGCGCAUGCUCUCAAAUCUUUAAACAAUAAUAGGGGAUCCCUGGGUGGCUCAGCAGUUUGGCUCCUGCCUUUGGCCCAGGGCAUAAUCCUGGAGUCCUAGGAUCGAGUUCCACAUUUGGGCUCUCUGCAUGGAGACUACUUCUCCCUCUGCCUGUGUCUCUCCCUCUCAUGAAUAAAUAAUUUUUUAAAAGUC